AUGGUUUGGCUCAAUGAAGACGGAGGAAAAAUACACGCCUCAAUUAAGAGGGUUUUUGUGUCUCAAUUCGUGAAUUUACUGGAGGAAGGAAUAUCUUACCAAAUAAGAUAUGUUGGUGUUGGACUCAAUAAGGGUUACUUCAAGAUUACACAUCAUGAGUAUGUGGUUAAUUUUAACCAACGUACUGAUGUGCACAGACUUCCAGAAUCGUCGAGUAUCCCACGAUAUGGAUUUAAGUCUGUGAGUUUUGACACUCUCAAUGCUUCUGAGUAUGAUUGCACCUAUUUAGUUGAUGUUGUUGGAUAUCUUAGUGGAAUUGGGAAUGAGAAGACUUUUGAAAAGAAUGACAAAUCUACAAUCUUUGACAAAGAGGCAAAACAAGUUUUGGGAAAGAGCUGUGUAGAGAUACUUGAUCCACUUCUAUUGAAAGGAGAUCUAUCGGAUACACCUACACUUUUGCUCAACCUAAUUGAUAAGACCUUUCUCUUCAUCGUUGAAGUUCAAAUAUCUGAUAAUCCACAUUUUUCACCUUCUUAUAAAGUUAAGAAGAUGACUGAUAAUGUGGACCUCAUAAAUAAAUUCAAAGAGGCUCACCCUAUUCAAAUUGAUGUUGACUACACCAGUGGUUUGCUUCCAAUUUCAAAGACAUCAUCAAUCAUUGAAGGGGAAAAAGUAGAAGGUGCUAAGAAUUUGUUGCUUGAAUUCUCCAAUGAAGUUGUGGCCAAUGAUGAAUCCGAAUUGUUGGAAAACGCUAUUGCACCAACUAAGCGACUAUCCUCGGAGUCGGAAGAAUCGAAGGUGGAAGGAGAUACCUCAAUUUCCAUUAACAGGCUUUAUUUGUCAAAAUCAGUGUUCACCCAUGAACAACUUUAUGUUGCUAUAUCAAAAGUUAAGAGUCGCAGUGGCCUCGGAGUUUUAAUUCUAGACGAAGAUGGCAAUCCAAAGUUAUCAACAACAAAUGUCGUGUUCAAAUAG